UCCAGUAAUGGAAUGGCUUUAAGCUCCCUUGACGGACACACCUUUGGCUGGGUGUAUAUAAGCCCAUGCGCAGGUGUGCUGAAGCAUCAAGCGAAGAGGAAAGACGAAUCUCCUGAGCUUCUCAGAACAUUGCAGCAGCAGAUGAAGAUGGAUCACAAACUGGUGCUCGCCACUUUAGCACUGCUGCUCAGUGUCUCACACGGCAAGCCUCUGAAGGGGGACCACAGCGGAAAAGGUCAAAGAGAAAGACGUAGCCCAGGGAUCCCUGAAGAUAAGGAUGUCUUCAGCAUCAUCUUAGAAGCCAAUAAAGGAAUCAAAGAGCAUCUGAUGGAGGGUGACAUUGUCGUGUCAAACUCCAGGAACGCCAUGAACUGCCCGGACAACUCCUGCUUUUGGCCGAAGGCCUCUGAUGGAUUUGUUUACGUGCCUUAUACUAUCUCCAGUGAAUACAGUGCUAAAGAGAAGGACAUAAUCUCCAGCGCAUUCCCAGACUUCGAAGCACAGACCUGCAUCAAAUUUAAACAGCGAACUACAGAAAAAGACUACAUAAAUAUCAGUCCUCAGAACGGCUGCUGGUCCAAUAUUGGAAAGUAUAAAGGCGUUCAGCAAGUGUCCCUGUCAAAGGGAGGCUGUGUUUACAAAGCCACGGCUCAACAUGAGCUCAUCCAUGCACUAGGCUUCUUUCACGAGCAGAGCAGACCUGACCGCGACAGCUAUGUCAGAAUCAACUGGCAGUACAUCCCAGCAGACCAAGUUUCGAACUUUUACAAGCAGGACAUUAAUACCUUGGGCAUGCCAUACGACUACACCUCCAUCAUGCACUAUGGAAGAGAUGCUUUCUCAAAUACAACCGGAAAGUUCACUAUUGUACCCAUUCCAGAUGAAACGGUAGAAAUCGGACAGAGAAUAGCAAUGUCUCCGAGAGAUAUUCAAAAGAUCAAUAUGCUUUAUGGCUGCAGUAAAUCCAUGCAAUGCGGAGGCAUACUGACUGCUGUGAGUGGAACACUGACAUCUCCCAAUUAUCCACUGGAAUAUCCCGUUAAUACAGACUGCAUGUGGAUCAUCAACGCCCCUAAAGGGUACAAGGUCUCGCUUACCAUCAGUUCCUUUGAUGUGGAGUAUUCUGAGGAUUGUUCCUACGACUAUCUCACUCUCCGAGAUGGACCCGUGACUACCUCCCCUGUACAGCAAACCUACUGUGGCUCUGAACCCAUUCCCUCCUUCACCUCCAGUGGAAACGCUGCCGUGGUUCAGUUCCACAGUGACGGCUCAGAUGUGGGGACGGGAUUCUCAGCCAAGUAUAAGUUUGUUGCAGAAUGAAUGAAGAAGUCAUCACAACAGCAGACCAGGCUUAUAAGAAGAAGAAGCAACUGAAUCACCUUCGAGUCGCACAAUUCCCAGUGAUUUUUGGGGCUUUGCUCCACUCUUGUAUUUGUAACAAUCAAUAAAAAUGCAAACAGAAA